AAGUGACGGGAAAGAAAAAGCAGAGAAAAUUGCAUUCCGGUUUUGUCUACGUGUUUUUCGCUACAACUCUUCUAGAGAAAGAAAAAUAAACAUCUAGCUAGUGAGAAAAUAAUUGAAAUUUUUAGUUUCUCACUUUGCUAGCAUUGCUAUUUGUGUAUAUUGUUUGAUAUAGCAUUAGGCAUGUUUUAGUUGCUGGUGGACGAUUCUUGGUCGACAAAAAUCUUGCUGAAAAGGCUCUUGUCAAAAUCUAACAAUGAAAUUUUCGAUAUUGGCUUCUGUAUUGGCACUGGUGUUGUCCCGUACGAAUGCCGACGAACAUAGUCACACGUAUGAAGACCACGAAGAGGUGGUUCUAUGGAUGAAUACGGUCGGACCGUACCACAAUCGACAGGAAACGUACGCUUAUUUCUCGUUGCCGUUCUGUGUUGGAACCAAACAGGCAAUCAGUCACUACCAUGAGACGAUGAGCGAAGCCCUGCAGGGAGUGGAGUUCGAAUUCAGUGGCUACGAAAUCGACUUCAAGGACGACAUCUCUCCAACCGAAAUCUGUAUGGUUGAGUUAACGGAGAAGAAGUACAAAGCGUUUGUGUAUGCCGUUAUGAAUCAAUACUGGUAUCAGAUGUACAUUGACGAUCUUCCUAUUUGGGGGGUGGUCGGAAAGGAAGACGAUAAGAAGUAUUACAUCUACACUCACAAAAAGUUCGAUAUCAGCUACAACGGAAAGCAGAUUGUGGACGUUACGCUGACACCGGAAAAGAAGGAACUGCUGAAAGUCGGUGCCAGGAUAAAGUUCACCUACGAAGUCAACUGGAAGCCUAGCAAUGUAAAAUUUGAGGAUCGGUUCGAUAAAUAUCUGGAUCCGAACUUUUUCCAGCAUCGUAUCCAUUGGUUCAGUAUAUUCAACAGUUUUAUGAUGGUCAUUUUUCUGGUUGGAUUGGUGUCGAUGAUUCUGAUGCGCACGCUACGGAAGGAUUAUGCCAGAUACAGUAAGGACGAAGAAGCUGAUGAUAUGGAACGUGAUUUAGGUGACGAGUACGGAUGGAAACAGAUUCACGGUGAUGUCUUUAGACCGGCUUCCAAUGCAAUGCUAUUUUCGGCGCUGAUAGGUGCGGGUUAUCAACUUACUUCAGUUGUGCUAUGUGUCAUUACAUUUGCUAUUCUUGGAGAAUUGUAUACAGAACGAGGAUCUUUAUUAUCAACAUCAAUAUUCGUGUACGCAGCCACGUCUCCCAUCAAUGGGUACUUCGGUGGAUCUCUGUAUGCCCGAAUGGGGGGUAAAUUGUGGAUAAAACAAAUGAUGCUGUCUGCUUUUAUCAUCCCGGCUUUGGUGUGUGGAACGGCGUUCUUCAUCAACUUCAUUGCCAUCUACUAUCAUGCAUCGCGUGCGAUUCCGUUCGGAACAAUGGUGGCCGUCACUUGCAUUUGUAUCUUUGUGAUACUGCCGCUCACGCUUAUAGGCACCAUUGUUGGCCGCAACCUUGACGGACAACCGGAUUAUCCAUGUCGAGUUAAUGCUGUUCCUCGACCCAUCCCGGAGAAGAAAUGGUUCAUGGAACCGGCUGUGAUUAUUCUUCUCGGCGGAGUUCUUCCCUUUGGAUCGAUAUUUAUUGAAAUGUACUUCAUCUUCACCUCGUUCUGGGCCUACAAAAUCUACUACGUGUACGGGUUUAUGUUGCUCGUUUUUCUGAUCCUGAUUAUCGUUACCGUGUGCGUGACGAUCGUUUGCACAUACUUUCUGCUCAACGCUGAAGACUACCGAUGGCAAUGGACCAGCUUCAUGUCGGCGGCAUCCACGUCGAUCUACGUUUACAUCUAUUCGUUCUACUAUUUCUUCUUUAAAACAAAAAUGUAUGGACUGUUCCAGACGGCGUUCUAUUUCGGAUAUAUGGCGCUAUUCUCCGGAGCUCUCGGUAUUAUCUGCGGUACGGUUGGCUACAUCGGCACGAAUAUUUUCGUGCGGAAAAUUUAUUCCAAUGUAAAAAUUGACUAAUUUUAUGGCAUCAAUUGACUUCAUGCAAGCCGUGCUGUGCUGAGCGCUUUCCGAUUUAGUGUUUAUUCUACUUUUGUUUCCCGUUGACAGUUCGACCCGAUUAACUAAUCUAAUAACUAUUAAUUGUAUUAGCCACAACAGCCGAAACAACUGAUCAGAACGCUACAAAGUAAAGGAACCCUUUAUAUGCAACUACCACAAACUACAAGUAAUGCAAAUUGUUUAUCUAAGCAAUGAAGUUCUGUGUUUUUAAGUUUAAGUGUAAAUGAGUAGCUGAAGGAGAAAUAAUUAUGUUCCAGAUUUUUUCAAACCUCGUAGGCUUCAGAAACAUUUCUGUUUUGAAAGAAGACUUAUGGUGAUCCUUGACAUGAGUGAAUCCAUUUGAACUGACGAAUGCCGAUAGCCAGAUAGAUGUAAUAAAAGUAGAUAAUCGAUGGAUGAUACGACGCAGCCGAUCCCAAUCAUGAAUCGUGAAAUUAAUAUUUAACGAUACGGUUGCAACAAGUGAAUAUAUAUAGUUGAAUAAUUGUACUCUAAACCAGCUUCUUCUGUAUGUGCUUACUACGGCAAAGAAAAGUUUUUAUUUGAGUAAUAGAGAACGAGUAAACACAAAAGAAUGAA